AUGCCGUUCCCAGACAUCGAAAACAAAGCCGCCUCGGGCAUUUCCUAUUACACACCCGCUCAAAUCCCCCCGGCAGGCUCCGCAGCAAUCCCCCAGUCCGAUGGCUCUGGUCCCCCGAAACUGUUCCAGCCUCUAUCGCUAAGGGGUGUUACCUUCCACAAUCGCAUCGGACUUUCCCCGCUUUGUCAAUACUCCGGUGAUGAUGGACAUAUGACCGAUUGGCACAUGGCUCACCUGGGUGGUAUUGCCCAGCGCGGUCCCGGUUUCCUUAUGGUCGAGGCCACCGCCGUUCAACCUGAAGGCCGUAUCACUCCCCAGGACCUUGGUCUCUGGAAAGACUCCCAGAUCGAGCCUCUUCGGCGCAUCAUUGAAUUUGUGCAUAGUCAGAACCAAAUAAUCGGUGUGCAGAUUGCGCACGCCGGCCGUAAAGCCAGCACUGUUGCCCCUUGGCUCUCAUUCAACGAUGCCGCAUCGGAGAAAGUUGGCGGCUGGCCCGACAAUGUCAAGGGUCCUGGCAGCGAGCCUUUCACGGACAACUGCCCGAUCCCUCAACAAAUGACCAAGGAGGACAUUGAAGCCUUCAAGGCCGCGUGGGUUGCCGCCGUCAAGCGUGCUGUGCGCGCUGGCGCAGACUUUGUCGAGAUUCACAACGCCCACGGUUACCUACUCAUGUCCUUCCUUUCGCCCUCCGUGAAUAAGCGUACCGACGAGUACGGAGGCAGCUUCGAAAACCGUAUUCGUCUGACCUUGGAAAUCGCCAAACUCACCCGCGAAUCCGUCCCAGAGGACAUGCCCGUCUUCCUGCGCGUCUCCGCCACUGACUGGCUCGAGGAAUCCCGCCCUAACGACCCCAGCUGGCGCGUCGAGGAUACCGUUAAGCUCGCGGAGGCCCUCGCGGACAGCGGCGACAUUGACCUGAUAGACGUUAGCUCCGGUGGUGUUCACAAGGACCAGCACAUUCACGCCGCUCCUGCCUUCCAAGCCCCGUUCGCGAUUGCUGUAAAGAAGGCUGUUGGCAACAAGGUUUCCGUUGGGUCUGUGGGUAUGAUUAACUCCGCGCAGCUAGCUAACUCAUUGCUCGAGACGGACGGACUGGACUUUGUCCUUAUUGGGCGUGCCUUUCAGAAGAAUCCCGGGUUGGCUUGGGCUUGGGCGGAGGAAUUGGAUGUCGAGAUCUCCAUGUCGAACCAGAUCCGGUGGGGAUUUGGUACUCGUGGGGGUGGUCCGUUCCUGAAGUCGAAGAAGAGUCAGCAGUAG